GGAGCGGAGCACGACCACUUCUGAACCGACCUCCACAGAAUGCAACGCAGAAUAACUCACUUCUUAUAUAGUAUUAGAUAAUCUAAUCAGGUCUUUUACUGUUUUUUUUACGCACACGACAAGGUUUUGCUUUCUCCUGAUUUCUUUUAACUUGAGGGUGACACUUUUACGCGCAGCUCGGGCGGAGAGAAGUCCUCACUGGGAGUUUGUUGGAGGCUGAAACACGCAGCAACCAUGGAUCUCGUGGUGUUGGUGGCGUUCAGCUCUUGGUUGGCUCCUGCACUCGCUUCGGCAGCAGCUGUCGACGUAGACUACGACAGCGCUUUUAAUUACGAUUAUGAAUCUCUGAGAAUCGGUGGCCUGGUUUUCGCAGUGGUCCUGUUCCUCCUGGGUAUCGCCCUCAUUGUCAGCCGGAAAUGUACCUGUUCUAAAGGAGAAAAGUCACGAUCCAAUAGUCCUGAUGCGGAAUCGGGUGUUCCAAGAGCUUAGACACAGAUAUGAGGAACAGUGGAGAUCUGUGUUACUCACUAGUGCCAGUAGGUGGCAGCAAACACCACAACCACAGCUGAAGACAAUCUUUCCAUGAUCGCAUGAAGCUUUUAUUUUUUUCCAAUUUCACUAUUAUUAUGCUUCUAUUUUUCCUAUUGACAUGUUUUGUAUCAGUAGAUUUUAUUUGAUCAUGUACCGACUUCAUUUUAUGUUUGCAAUAGAGUGAUUUUAAUUUGUAUUUUUUUUGUGAUUU